AUGGACGACAUUAAGCUGUACGGUUCCACUGAGACCCAUAUAACUAAUUUGCUACAACUAACAGAGAGUUUUUCCAACGACAUUCGGAUGUCUUUUGGGCUGGACAAAUGUAGAAGACUAAGUAUCGAUAAGGGUCAGGUGAUUCUUCAUGGAUUUGACCUAAUUAAUGAAGGCUCUAUUGCCGCGAUGGAUAAAGAUGACACAUAUAAAUAUCUAGGCCUUCAACAAACAGAACGUGUAAAACACAAGGAGAUUCGACACCGAGUAACGGAGCAAUAUCUGAAAAGAAUAGGCGAUAUCCUCAGGACCUCCUUAAAUGGUAAAAAUGUAUUUAAGGCCAUAAAUACGUUUGCCAUUCCAGUUCUGACUUAUACGUUUGGAGUGGUGAAGUGGACAAAAACGGAAAUCAGGGACAUUGAGAGAGCCACACGUAAGCUUCUAACAAAAAAUCGAAUACUUCAUCCUAAGUCAGCACUGGAACGAUUAACUCUUCCCCGCCAAGAUGGAGGACGCGCGAUGAUCGAUAUCGACAGGAUGUGUCAAAAACAGACCCAGCGAUUGCAAAAAUAUUUCAAGAAACAGGACGGCGCCCUCUACCAAGCCGUAAUAAAAGCAGACAACAGAUACACACCCUUGGACCUAUCUCAUGAUACUAGAGAAUUAGUCUCGGAUGAGACUUAUAUACAAGGGAAGAAACAGGACUGGACUUCCAAACCUCUACAUGGUCGUCAUGCAAGCCUCCUCAGCCAACCCUAUGUCGACUCUAAGGCCUCGAAUGGAUGGUUAGGACGAGCCGACAUAUUUGCAGAGACAGAGGGAUUCAUGAUAGCGAUCCAAGACCAAGUUAUUGCCACCAAAAACUACCUUAAGUACAUAAUAAGGGCUCAAGUGGAAAAUGACUUGUGCAGAAAAUGUCAUCAACAAUCCGAGACCAUCCAACACAUAACAAGCGCUUGCCCAAUACUAGUGCCAAGGGAAUAUCUCUCGAGACACAAUCAGGUAGCUAAGAUUGUCCAUCAAAGUUUGGCUUGCUUACAUGGCCUCCUGAGCGAAGAGAUACCAUAUUACAAGUACGAGCCUAGUCCUGUCUUGGAAAACUCUACGCAUAAGUUGUACUGGGAUAGGUCGGUACUAACAGACCGUACUAUAGUCCACAAUAGGCCAGACAUCAUCAUCGUUGAUAAAUCAAGAAAACGAGUUUUGUUAAUUGACAUAGGAAUCCCAAAUGGUCACAACAUCUUGACUUACUACGCUGAGAAGGAAGCAAAGUACCAGAGACUUGGGCAGGAAAUUCAACAAAUGUGGCGCCAGGUGAGUGUGUCUGUAGUCCCGUUGAUUAUAUCUUCCACCGGUGUAGUACCAAAGUCACUCACUAACAAUCUGAGGAUGCUGGAAAUUGCCAAUAAAUUAGCGAUUAUCCAAAAGGCAGUAAUACUAUCCACUACCUCUAUUGUACGCACAUUCCUAAACGUUUCUAUAUAA